CCAACAAACUGCAUUACCUAACCAGAAUCAUGAAAGUAUUUCAAUCUCGCGGAGAAAGAAAAACCCUCAAGUAAGAUAGCUUUCUCAGGAAUUUAAGCAAACACUUGGAAUGCACAAACUAUAAACUUACCUUAACAUCGAAAAGGACCACUUCCCAUCAAGAGUAUAGCUGAAAUUAUGCACCAGAAAUUUAAUGAAAUAGUAGAAGAGCUUUGGGAGCGGUUGGUACGUGCUGCCAUAAGGAGUGAGAGAAUUGGUGUAGAUGCAUUUGGUCAACCUGUUGGUGGAAUUGCUGGAUACGUUCCUUCUUCUCUUGGCAACAAUAGGAAUAUAGAUGACAUCCUAAGAGCUGCCGAUGAGAUUCAAGAUGAAGAUCCUAAUGUCUCCAGAAUAUUAUGUGAGCAUGCUUAUUCUCUUGCACAAAAUCUGGAUCCUAAUAGCGAAGGAAGAGGUGUUUUACAAUUCAAGAAUGGUUUGAUGUCUAUCAUCAAGCAAAAGCUAGCCACAAGAGAGGGUGUUGUUAUAGAUAGAAGCCAGGAUAUUGCUGGCCUGCAAGAGUUCUAUAAGGCUUAUAGAGAAAAGAACAAUGUAGACAAUCUACGUGAAGAAGAAAUGAAAGUGAGGGAAUCUGGUGUUUUUAGUGGUAGCCUUGGGGAGUAAGUAUCUAAUAUUUAAAAUAGAAUUUGGGGGGUUUCUUCAAAGUUCUGUUAACAGUUUAACAUGAAAAGUUUUUGCUCCCCUCUCCACCACUCUUAACACACACAUGAAUAGAUUGGUGAUGAUUUACUAGAUCCACUGGAUACAUAGUUAUUUUCUCUGUAUUGUUUAUCUGUUGAUUGCAUUUUUGUUUUGAAAAUCUAGGUUGGAGCGGAAAACUGUUAAGAGGAAAAGAGUUUAUGGGACCCUAAGAGUUUUGGGAAUGGUAUUGGAGCAGUUAACAAAGGACAUCCCUGAAGAGGUUAGUUAUGUUGUCUUCUUCUGUCAAUUUCUUUGGUUUUCCUAUUAUUUCUAAGCCUCCAUCCAAGAAUGACUUUAACUUUAUCCUUGACUAAGCUAAGAGGAAAUUGGCUGGGUGGAAGGCUAAAUUCCUCACUCCUGCAGGCCAUAUCACCCUCAUUAACUUAACUCUUUCUGCCCUUCUAUCUCACAUCAUGCAAUGUUGCCUCCUCCCAAUUAGUACCUCCAAAGCUCUUGACAAACUCUCCCGUGAUUUCCUAUGGCAAAAUGACCCUUCCAAGUGCAAAAUGCAUCUUGUUAGCUGGAAAACUGUUUGUAAAAAAAAAAAUAGAGGGAGGUUUGGGUCUUCGAUGAUGUCGGGACUUAAACAUUGCAUAUAUGACUAAGCUUGUUUGGAGAUUUAGGACCUCACACUCAGCACCUUGGUCUGAUCUUUUAUGAGCUCGUUAUGGACCUUCCCCCUCUGCCAAGUCCUCUCACAUUUGGAUAUCAAUGAUCAAGUGCUGGCAUUUUUUUAGUCAAGGGAUUCGAUGGACCCCCAAUGAUGGUAAGUCAAUCAAUUUUCUUUUUGAUG